GAUGCAUUGUGAGGAGUUGCACCAUACCAUCAUCAUCGAAACCGAGCCACGUUUUGCGAAACAUUCAAAUAGAAAACAAAAUUUUGCUUUAAAUUGGGCAAGAAGUGACCAAAAAUUUUCGUUAUGUCCUCGUACACUUGUAUGACUUGCCGUGUGGCAUUUUCAGACAGUGAUAUACAAAGACAACACUACAAGACUGAUUGGCAUCGAUACAACUUAAAACGAAAGAUCGCUGAACUAGCACCGGUAACUGCCGAGGUGUUCCAGGAGAAAGUCUUUGCUCAAAGAGCUGAAGUGGAUGCCAAAGAGCAAGAAAAGAACACUACAAUGCGUUGCGAAUCCUGCUGUAAGAAUUUCUCUUCGGGAAAUGCUUUUAAAAACCACAUGCAGUCGAAGAAACACAACGAAAUUGUCUUAAGAGCCAGCAAAACAAGUUUGUUGGUAAGACAGCCCGGAAACAUGACCAAGAAAGUAGAGAAGAUUGCAAAGGAGGACGAGGAAGAAAAUAUGGUUGAAGAAGAUGAUGAAGAUGGAGAGAUUAUCGAGGAUGACUCCCUUGAAAUUACUCAGUGUUUAUUUUGUCCUCACGAGAGUCAAACCUACGAAGAGAAUUUACGUCACAUGAGUAGAUCACAUAGCUUUUUUCUGCCCGAUCUGGAAUACAUCGUAGACCUGAAAGGAUUCUUGGAAUACCUUGGUGAAAAAGUCGGGCUUGGUAAAGUUUGUCUGUAUUGUAAUGAAAAAGGGAAGAAGUUCCACACAGUCGAGGCGGCGCAGAGUCACAUGGUUGAUAAGGGACACAUGAAGAUAGAUUAUGAGGGCGAUGCUGCUUUGGAAUAUUCAGACUACUACGACUUCUCAACCAGUUACCCCAGUGAUAACCCUGACAAGGAGAUAGACGAGACAGCUAGUGGGACACUUUCUGUAGAUGAGACGACCAAUGAACUUUGCUUGCCUUCAGGUGCUAGGGCAGGUCAUCGCGAACUCAGGCACUACUAUCGGCAGAAUUUGCCUCCAGAGAAAGACAUUCACCAGCUAACAAAGAUAAGGAAGAGUAUAAUGGCAGAUUACAAGGCCCUUGGAUGGCAUGGGACCAUUGGGGAGGGGGCGAAACAGAAAAUCAAAGACAUUCACAAGGAGCAACGUCACCAAGCACGGCAUGAUUUAAAACUUUCUUUGAAGGCUAACAAACAGCAAAAAUACUUUAGGCCACAAGUAGUGUUCUAGAUUAUAAACAUAUGUGUAGGUGAAUUUGUUUUGUAUGUGUGAGAAGAUGGCUUUAUCUCCUGAACUGUGCCUUGGUGUACUGUAUGCAUGCUUUAAAUGGGAUAUACUUCGAACUUCAGUUUAUUUCAGCCUAUUUGUGAUAAGUAGCCAACACCAUAUUGCUCUUUAUGAAACCAUAUUUCAGGUGAAAUUGGUGCAAAGGGAAAAGCCAGUCUUGACACUCUCCAUUUGAAGACGGACAUCACACUGCCAUUUUACACACAUUUUACCAUAUUUCAGGUGAGAUUGGUGCAAAGCGAAAAAAUAGCAAAAGAGUGGCUGAUCAACAUUCUUUAAUCUACAGUAGUAUUCAGUUUGUCUGUCAUUGUCAACUGGAUACAAAGGGGAGAGCGUGGACCUCUUUGUUUUGAAUAAUUAAGUUUCCAUUUCAUAUUUUAUUAAUGUUUGUCCAUAAGUUAUUUACAUACAUUAUGAUUCGGCAAACAGCUUGCAUGUUGCACUUGGAUAAUUUGCUAUGUUAUCAUACACCUUGAUAACUUCAGUAUGGUUGUUAAUGAGCUCUAUCAGCCUAUCAGCCUGCUCUAGCUGAGGGUCAGACAGGGUUACUAGCGUAGUGGGUAUAAAUUCUAUCCCUGUGGAUAUACUAACAUCAGGGUGUACGCUUGUUAUGUUGUCUGAUACAAUCUUCAAGGCUUUUACUUCACAUAUAAACUGAAAAAGGAAAAAAAAGUACUAUUUCACAAAGACUGCUUACCUCAUGGAAUGGUAUAACUUAUCAUGGUUUGGUGGUGGUAUUUAUGCAUUCUGCUUAUGACUAUAAGGAUGAGAGACAGUAAUAUCAGACGUAAUAUCUGAGUCUGUUAAUUCACCUUAAAGACUUUACUCUGGGGGUUAAAUUGACAGUGCUUGAAGUAACUUGAUUGAUACAUAUAUUUAAAAAAUGUCAGUGUAAAAGUGAAAGGCAACUCAAUGGGUGCUAAUCAAUAACAAGAAUAAUAAGAUAAACUCAAGCAAUACCAUCAAUAAAUACUGGUAGCCUUUAAA